CUCCCUCCUCUCCCUCCUCUCCCUCCCCUGCAGACGAAGGCAUGGCGAGCACCGACAUCAGGAGGGAGUGUGAGACACAAGACUGCAGCAAGGACGCUAAACUUCAGUGUCCGACAUGUAUCAAGCUCGGCAUUCAAGGCUCAUACUUCUGCUCUCAGGAAUGUUUCAAAGGGAGCUGGGCAUCUCACAAGUUGCUGCACAAAAAAGCAAAGGAGGACAAGAACCAGAAUGAACCCAAGAACUGUGUGGAGAAUGACAUGAACACAGACCCAUGGCCUGGCUACCGCUACACAGGAAAUCUACGCCCUCACUACCCCCUGACUCCUAUGAGGCUUGUACCUAGUGACAUCCAAAGACCUGACUAUGCUGAUCAUCCCAGAGGAAUGUCUGAGUCGGAGCAGUUCCUGAAGGGGACGUCACAGAUCAAGAUCCUUUGUCCUGAGGACAUUGAAGGCAUGAGAGUCGUGAGCACGCUGGCAAGAGAGGUCCUGGACAUCGCGGCAAUGAUGGUGAAGCCAGGGGUCACAACAGAGGAAAUCGACCACGCUGUGCAUUUGGCCUGUACAGCGAGGAACUGCUACCCCUCCCCUCUCAACUACUACAACUUUCCCAAAUCCUGUUGUACGUCUGUCAAUGAAGUCAUCUGUCACGGCAUCCCAGACAGAAGGCUGCUCCAAGAAGGAGAUAUCCUCAACGUGGACAUCACUGUCUACCACAAUGGUUUCCAUGGCGACCUCAACGAAACGUUCUUCAUCGGGGAGGUGGAAGAAGCGGCGAAGAAGCUGGUCCAGACGACAUAUGAAUGCCUUAUGCAAGCCAUCGACUCUGUGAAGCCUGGUAUCCGUUACAGAGAGUUAGGUAACAUCAUCCAGAAGCACGCUCAGGCCAGCGGCUUCUCCGUGGUGCGGAGCUACUGUGGCCACGGCAUCCACAGACUUUUCCACACUGCCCCCAACGUGCCACACUAUGCCAAAAACAAAGCUGUUGGAGUAAUGAAGCCCGGCCAUGUGUUCACCAUCGAGCCCAUGAUAUGUGAAGGUGGCUGGCAGGACGAGACGUGGCCCGACGGCUGGACGGCGGUGACCAGAGACGGGAAGCGCUCGGCUCAGUUUGAACACACUCUGCUGGUGACGGAGACCGGCUGUGAAAUCCUCACCCGCCGCCUGGAGGAGAACGGUCGCGCUCAUUUCCUGAACCAAAUGUAGGCGGAGACACCACGGACUGGACUUUGCUGACACAGACACGCCCAGCACGUCUGGGCCUCACACACACACACACACACACACACACACACACACACACACACACACACACACGUUUCAGACGAGGGGCACCACUCCCAGGGCUCAGUGUAACUGUGGCUCUCAUUGUUCUUUGCGUUAUUAAAUUGUGGUUCCUCAAAUGAAAUGGAAGUACUUGAAUGUGUCUUAUAUUAAAUAUGGAUUUAUCCGUGAACACUUAUCUCUUUUGAAGGAAUUCUAUUUAUGAUGAGGUCUGGUUUGGCUUUUGUAGUUGCACUUAGCAGUACCAUUCUGUGCUUCUUUUCUUUCAUCAUCUACUAACUGAAGAACUGAGAAGCAGAUACAACAGAUACAACAGAGACAGAGUUACAGCAGAGUCCAAACUUACAAACCACCAGCACUCAGUAGGAUUCUUCAUUUGAACACACUCUGGUGGAGAUUUAAGCAAACGUAUUAAAGUAUUUAUCAGCGACUGUAACUCCUCCUGUGGACGCCCAUAACUAUUGAAUAUUGUGUUUUACGAGAAUGAAUGAAAGUGGAGUAGUAGAAGUUGUACGUGUAUGUUAAUAAAUGCAUAAAUCACUCAGAUUUUAAGCAUCAGGAACGGAUACUGUCUUAAAUGCAUUUUUGAAUAUGAAGCUAGGACCUAUAGGAGAUCGUUAGUUUAGCUUUGACUAGUAUAAAAAUAGUUCACCGGCAAACCUGCGUACUGUGCUUUUACUGAGGUCGAUGUGAGACUUGUGCAAAAAACCACAUCACAAAACAAACAAAAUACAGUCAUUUCAUGUUUUAGUGCAAAAUAGGGCUGCAACAAUUAUUCAAGUAAUUGAUCACUAAAUGAAUUGCCAAAUUUGAGUUCAGUAAUAAUUUCUAAUGACCAGCUUUCUGAUUGUUUCAGCUUCUUAAAGUGAAUCUUUUCUGGUUUAUUUGCUCCAUAUAACAAAGAUAUUAAUCAUUAAUCAACAGAUUCAUUGAUGAGCUGCAGCCAUGUUGUUAAACCUUUAUAUUUAAGGACCUGAGUUCAGUUUCCUGUUGAAUGUUUGGUUUCAUGCAUGUUAACGAGGGAUAAUAUUAGCUGCUGGAUGACGGUGCCGUGUCAGUUGUCACUGUCAUGUUCUCCCUCUGACCACGACAUCGUAGCUGUGACCGUGUUGAGGACGUGGAUCGUAGCUGCUCACAGAGUCCGGGCAGAACCGUCAGUCCAGUGUUGAACGUGUUGGUCUCUCCUCUGUUGUCUUGUUUUUAAUAGCCCUGUUGUAGCAAACCCAGCCUUUAAGUGUGGAUCUAGAGAAGUUACCUUGAUGUGGGGAUUAGUUUCCUCUGGUGUGAGCAGAUUCCAUUCUUUCUACUCUUUCAGAUGACUAAUGUGAUCACAGUCACUCUGCCUUGUUUCUAUUUCUUCUACAGGAGUAAUAAACGCCUCUUCUGUA